AUUAGAAAUAGAAAAAACAGUGUCCCUAGCCCUCACUCCAGGGAAAAAUGGCAGUGGUAUCAACAUCUGCUAUCAAACCUUGUCUUAUCACAAGGAAAUGCUACCUUGCAUCUUUUUAAGGCUUCUUUCCUUCAAAUGUAAUGCAAAUGUUGGCAGAAAUUAAGUCAGCAGACUAAGAUUCCCAGCCUUUGUAGCAGGAUUGUUUGAGUAUCGCAGCUUGGAGCAAGCCGGGCCUGCUGGGGGUGCUCGUUCUUAUUCCCAGCCCCGUGCAUGCAACAGUUCUUGGGGCUGCUCGUCCCUCCUCUGCCUAACAGCAUCGCCCGAGAUACCAGCAGCAUCUCUGUGCACACCUGCUGCCACUUUACUCAACAAACCCCAUGUGCCCAGAGUGCCUCGGGCGUGCUGUGCAGGCAGAGCUCUGUCCUGGGGUGCAAACGGGCUGAGGUGUCCUGAAGCUGCCUGGCAGGCUCUGCAUGUGCUGCCUGGAACAUGCCCCUGGACUGCCACCCAGGAAAUGUUUGACAGAAAUAUAGGGUCGUUGCUUUCUGAAUGCAAUUGAUGGCACUUAGGUUAGCUCUUUGAGUCCUGCUGUGGGACCUGGUACAUGUGAUUUGAAUUUCUAAUGCUGGAGAGAAGGGAUGAAAAACCCUCAAGAGGGCUGUUUUGACUGGAAGGAGUGGGAAUUUGGGAGGCUUUCCUCUUCUGACUGGCUUUUUUCAAGGCAGUCGGUGAAGGCAUGACUCCAUCUUCAGACAAAGAUCUCAACGGGCUAGAUAAACCCAGCUUUGUGGGUGAACAUGGGAGCCACUGCCAUUCCUCACCAGCUCAUGCUGCCUGGGGCCCAGAGGAAGGUGGGGGCACUGGCCACAGUGGGACCAAGCUUGCCUACACUGUCACAGAUGUGCCUCCCUGGUAUCUGUGCAUCCUGCUGGGCAUUCAGCACUUCUUGACAGCCAUGGGAGGUCUUGUAGCCAUCCCGCUGAUCCUCUCCAAAGGGCUUUGCCUCCAGCAUGACCUACUGACCCAGAGCCACCUGAUCAGCACCAUCUUCUUUGUCUCAGGAAUUUGCACCCUUCUGCAAGUCCUCUUUGGAGUCAGGCUGCCUAUUAUUCAAGGAGGGACUUUCACAUUCCUGACCCCCACCUUGGCAAUGCUGUCUCUCCCCACUUGGAAGUGCCCUGCCUGGACACAGAACGCCACCCUGGUGGAUGCCUCUUCACCAGAAUUCAUCCAAGUCUGGCAGACACGGAUGCGAGAGGUGCAAGGAACUAUCAUUGUAGCUUCUUGCUUUCAAAUCUUCGUUGGAUUUUCUGGCCUGAUUGGAUUUCUGAUGAGGUUCAUCGGCCCCCUGACAAUUGCCCCCACCAUCACCUUGGUUGCACUACCUCUGUUUGAGCCGGCUGGGGAUAUGGCUGGGCAGCACUGGGGCAUAGCAUUCAUGACUAUUUUUUUCAUAGUUCUGUUCUCUCAGUACUUGAAAGAUGUUACUGUGCCGCUGCCAUCUUACAAGAGAGGCAAGAAGUGCCACUUCUCUCCAAUCUACCUCUUCCAGAUCUUUCCGGUGCUGCUGGGGCUCUCGCUGAGCUGGCUGCUCUGCCACGUGCUGACAGUGACCAGCGUCCUCCCUGCGGCCCCCACUGCCUACGGCCACCUGGCCCGGACAGACAGCCGUGGGGACGCCCUGUCACAGGCUCCCUGGUUUCGGCUGCCCUACCCAGGCCAAUGGGGAACGCCAACGGUGAGCCCGGCCGGGAUCUUUGGCAUCCUAGCCGGGGUGAUUUCCUCCAUGCUGGAGUCCGUGGGGGAUUACUACGCCUGUGCCCGGCUGUGCGGGGCCCCGCCGCCGCCGCAGCACGCCAUCAGCCGCGGCAUCGGCGUGGAGGGCAUCGGCUGCCUGCUGGCUGGGGCCUGGGGCACGGGCAGCGGCACCACCUCCUACAGCGAGAACGUGGGGGCCCUGGGCAUCACCAAGGUAGGGAGUCGAAUGGUGAUCAUUGCUGGUGCCUGUGCCAUGCUCCUGAGCGGCAUCUUUGGGAAGGUUGGGGCAAUGCUUGCCAGCAUUCCCAUCCCUGUCAUUGGAGGCAUGUUCCUUGUGAUGUUCGGAGUUAUCACGGCAGUGGGGAUUUCCAAUUUACAGUAUACAGAUAUGAAUUCCUCAAGAAACAUCUUUAUCUUUGGAUUUUCUCUCUUUGCUGGCCUCACAAUUCCCAGCUGGGCAAGCAAAAAUAGUACGCUGCUGGAAACAGGAACCAUCCAGCUUGACCAAGUGAUCCUGGUGCUUCUCACCACUGGCAUGUUUGUGGGUGGACUUCUGGGCUUUAUCCUGGAUAAUACCAUUCCAGGAACACAGGAGGAGCGGGGGCUCCUGGCAUGGAAGCAAAGCCAUGAGGGAGGGACGGAGAGCUCUCAGCUCGUUUCCAAGGUCUAUGAUCUUCCGUUUGGCAUAGGCACCAAAUAUUGCAAUGUCUCUUGGUUUCACUAUCUCCCUGCUUGCCCCAAAAGACUGUCUUGUGACAAGAGAAUGGAUGAACUGAAGGCUGCUGAGCAGAAAAAAAGUAUUAAAGCAAGCUUAGAAAGAAACUCUGAGAUUGGUGCUGAUACAAGGAUAUAAACACCUGGCCUGCAAAUGAACUCAUCUCAGAAGCAGAGGUCUGCAGCCCCCAUCAUCUGAGCAUGAGCUGGCAGCUGUUAGAGGGGGGAGCAGGAGAAGGACAAUGUCUUCCUCUUCCCAGCUCUGCUGACUGCACCACUGAUAGUCUUGAAGAAGUAAUUUUUUCUUUCUCUCUUCCUGCCUGCUCACUUCUAGGAAGAGCCUAAUCCCUCCUUGGGGAACACCAAAGCCCAAGAAAUGCCUAGGAAAGAUGUUCUGUUUCCUUCCUUUCAGUGACCCUUGGGCACCCUAAGGGGCAGCUGGUCAGCUGAAGCAGAAAGGCUUCCUGUGCCCUGAUGUAGCAGCUGAAGGAGGCAAUGGAGAAAGCAUCCCUGAUGUGAGCCCUGUACCACUCUCAGGCAUCCCUUGGGUUGAAGUCAAUCCCCAGCACCCUAAAGCAACACUCACCUCUCACCUUGGCCAAGGGGAAGGAGCAGGUGCUCCUAAGUCAUGAUUCAUUCUCAUUCCAUAUUCCCAUCAUUUAGCCAGCUAAGUGAGUGUUGCUGUAAGAGAGGCAUCUAAAGUUAAUGAGAUGGAUUGUCUUCUGAACCUGUCUCUUCUGCCUCAGACCACAAAGGGACUCUAGAGACCUUAGUUAGGUUCUUGACCUAACAAAAAAGAACAGCUUCACUGAAAUGUAUCCCACCUUUGGAGUGCUGGGAAGAGUCUCAGAUGAACCAGUUUGCUGUAGGGCACCCUGCCCUACAAAGAUGAAGGAAUCCUCAUCAAAUAUAAAGAAGAAAACACUUCUGCUCACAAUCGUACGCAUCCCUGUGCUACUGCUAUGUCCUGUGUGCCCUUGCUGUACCUGUUUGCUCUGGUAUGGUGAUUGGGUGGUGACAAGCUCUGUCACUCUGGAAAACAGGUGUGCAUCACAUGUGGUCCUGGUUGCUGUAAUGUAGUAACUGGUGUAAUAAUAAUGUAAUAGCUGGUUGCUAAAUGUAAUAACAUUGUUGCUGUAGGAUAAGCUUGUGUUUCCUUCACUGAGAUUAAUACUUGCUUUUUGUAUGUAUAAUAAAUAAUAAAUAAUAAAC